UCGUUACAUCAUGCAGCAGACAGGAACAGUUAAGUCGCACUCGCAGUCCCUGCUCGUCGAUGGUAGUGAUUCACGGUUGUGUACGUUUUUGUUUUUCCUCGCUAAUUCAGUCGUCGUCGCAUUCGUCGAGCACCAUGUCCAUGUCGUUUAUAUCGGCAUUUUUCACAAAAGAAGCAGAUUACGAUAUGCUUCAUGUGUAACUGGACGGUUAUCAUGUCCGGCCAAGGUGUUGUGGAAAGAGCUAGUGCCGAACUUUCGAAACGGAUAAAUGGUCUCAGCCUAAGGGUAGGCAAACAACACCGCAAUGUCGGCAAAUCUAGCAGCGUGAUGGAAAGAAUGACCAACGUAUUUUGUGGCAACAGCAACAACAACAACAACAAUAAUAAUAAUAAUAACAACAACAACAAUAACAAUAAUAAUCAUCAUAAUAGCGGUUGCAAUAAUAUAAACGUGAGUAAUUCCACGAGCCCGGCAACAAUGCCGGUUCUAACGGGCUCCGACAAGAUCAGAUGCAGGAGCGGUAAAACUCCUCAGCAGCUUCGAAGAGCCGUUUACAUCAAAUCCAGACCCAUCACAUUGAACGAGCUGUUUCUGGACGAAGAAUUUUUAUGUAAAUUUUUUUGGUUUUUUACGUCAAUUGAUAGAUCGAAUUUAGCACGCGUUUGUUCUCGAUGGAAAGAGCUUUUAUAUCGUAAUCAGAAGUAUUGGUCCGGUUUAGCGUUAAAUGUGCAUUGUAAACAGUUUCGACAAUCGACUAGUUACGAAAAAACGAGACUUUACGCCUCUUUCAUACGUAGAGGACUUCGAUCUUUAGGAAUGAUCGGUGCUAAAGAUGAAGAUAUCAUCGAUAUGAUGAACUAUUUUCCUCUCGGAUCCAAACACGUGCAUUCGGCCAUGUUGAAAUGGUGUGGAAUUUCCGAUAAAGGACUGGAGAAUUUCAUGGAACAUCUGACGGCUUGCUACGAAUUGGAACUAUGCGGAUGUAACGACGUUACCGAAAAUGGUCUAUGGAAUAAUUUACCUCCGAGACUAGUGUCGCUGAAAUUAGCCGAUUGCAUAAAUAUAUCGGACGAGUCAGUCGGCGCAGUUGCUCAGAUUCUUCCGCAUUUAUGCGAAUUUUCUCUUCAAGCCUAUCAUGUGACGGACGCUGCGUUGGGAUUUUUUAGCACCAAACAGAGCCCCAAUUUAAAUAUAUUCAAAUUACAAUCUUGUUGGGAAAUAACCAACCACGGCAUCGUUAAUAUCGUACAUUCACUGCCGAAUUUAACAGUUCUGAGUUUAUCAGGAUGCACGAAAAUCACAGACGAUGGUAUCGAACUAAUUGCAGAAAAUCUGCGAAAAUUACGAUGUUUAGAUUUGUCUUGGUGUCCUCGUAUCACCGACGUUGCAUUGGAAUAUAUCGCGUGUGAUUUGACAGUUUUGCAGCAACUCACUCUCGAUCGAUGUGUGAAUAUAACGGAUAUAGGAGUUGGUUAUUUAUCAACGAUGCCAUGCUUGCAAAUCCUAUUUCUCAGAUGGUGUUCUCAAAUUCGCGACAAUGGCGUCCAGCAUUUAAGCACAAUGCGCAGCUUAGAAGUUUUAUCCUUAGCUGGUUGCCCUUUGCUGACAAUGGGUGGUUUAUGCAGUGUAACGCAAAUGAAAAAUUUACGCGAAUUAGAAUUAACAAAUUGUCCAGCCACGACACCAGAACUAUUUCAAUAUUUGAGAGAGCAGCUACCUCGUUGUGUGAUUAUCGAGUGAAAAUAUGAAAAUAAAAUCACAAAUUCAUUUCUAGCUGAUGACUGAUAUUGACGACAAUGGAAUGACAUUCGUUUUCAAUACCAUCAGAAUUUAGUCUAUUCCUCAUGGAAAGCGUACCUACUAUCGAUUUUACGCUUCGAGUGAUUUUGAUUUCCAUAAAGCACGAAGCGUUCAGAUUAGCAUUUUUAGCUUUUCUGUGUAAGAUGUGUUUACGUGUACCUAUGUGUAAAGUAUUCUAUACACUUUUGUAGGUAGUAUGUAUGAAAAUACAUACUUAUAAUGUACCUCCAACUAUAAUGUACUGCAUACCUGAUGUUUUCCUCUCCAAUAUUUAGUGUUUCUCUUCGUUGAUUUUUCUCUCUUUUUUUAAAUUUAAUUUUUUUAAUAUAUGUAUUGUAUGUACUAUGUACUUCGUGUUUUAUGUUUAAACUAUAUUUCGAAUACAAAAUGAUGAACAAUUGAACAUAAUAAUAUUAUGUUGUAUGUACCUCUACCUACGAUUACGAAUGUAUGAAAGUAGCAGAUCGAAUUAGGUAGGUCUAGGUGGUAUAUUAUGUAUGUUGUAUCGUGACUUGUAUUGGAGGGAUAUGUUUCAAUUUUUUUUUUUUUUUUGUACGAUGUUUGUACAAAUAUGUAUGUGCAUAUGCAUUUGUGUACAUUGCGACAUGCAUAUAAGAUACUUAUAAUAUUUUUUCCUUUGUUCGAAUCGUUAUCGCUUAAAUAGGAUUCUGGACAUUUCUCAGAGCAUAAUACAUAUGUAUUCAACAAAAAUACAAAGUGUGCUCGAAUUUUAUAAAAAAAUUUCUCGAUUCACUGAAAAUUGUAAUGGCAAAAAUGAAAAUUUAAAACCCUAUACUUGAUGUUAUUCGCAUUACAAGUUACGAACGACACUCGUUAGUAUUGGUUCUACCUAGAUCCGUAGUUAGUUACCUAUAUCCGUAUUUUCAUCUUUUUAGCACAAUUGUACAAAUUUGUAAAUCAUAGAUUAUAAGCGUCGUUUUUUCACCAUAAUUGCGAGUAACAUUGAUUCCAUAAUCACGUUUUGUUUUCAAACAUUUGUUUUUAAAAUGAUAAUUCUACCGAACAUCGAUGUCUUUUAAUUUCAAUUUACGAUGAAAGUGUCAUUUCGUUUGUUUUUUCUAUUGCAAUAUGUGCAGGUACCUAUCUUAUUUGUUUCACCGGAUGCAUGUUCGGGUUUUGCAUCACUGUGAAUUCUUAAUGUUUAUAGCCUUUAUUUAGCUCUUGAAUAAACCUGUCAUUUCAGUUUCUCAAUUACUUAUAAUUAUGUACUUACCUAUCUAUCGUCUAUAAUGAGACAUUUUUCAUUAAAAUUAUAACAAUUUACAAAUGAUAGGCUUUAAAUAGGUACUCGUACCUACUCUCGAUACAAAUGUUUGAAGUUUAAAGGGGUUUAAAAACGCCAUGUAAUCAAUUUUUCAAAUUCACCUUCUAAUUCUGCACCUGGCUGUACAUCAUGUUAAAGCUUGAAGACGCUGUACCGAAAAAAAUGACUAUGAUGCUAGUUGAAUUAGUUAUUUCUCUUUUUGAAUAUCACAUGUUGAAUCACUCAUUUUUCUAUUUUAUCACAAUUACAAAAUUCUUGUACCGAAAAAGUCAUUUAGUUACUACAUUCAUUUAUGGAACUUCUGGAAUAUUUUUUAUAUUGAUGUACAUAUUGAUGAAUAGAAUACUUAUAGGUACUUAGCUACUUACUUACGUGAUUUGAAAAAAAAUCUCAUCAUCAUACGAUGCCAAUAAAAAUUUUGAUUUUUUUUUUUUUUGUUAUUGGGUAGAUUUAUUGUUAAACUUUCAAUUUGUCUGAGUCGACAGUGACGUAGGAAGUUGAAAUUCACUGUCGGGGAGAGGAGGUUACCUCUUGAAAAUUCCGACAGUAAGAUUAAAAAUUUUGAAAAACUAGCUUGUUUAGGAUUUCUCCUAAUGCUGCUCUGUAAUCAUUCCAGAUAUGUACAAUCUGAAUCACAAAUCUUAAAUUUUACUCAUCACUGAUGAAUUCCAACUUUGCCGAUUCAAAAUUCCCAAUUUCCCAAUAUCAGCUUUUCACACUCCUCUAGGACUCUCUCUCCUAUGUUGCUACGUCCUUGACCUAGAAUUGAAAUUUUUAUUUUUUUUUUUAUCCUCGUAAGACUGAUUUUUCAUUUUGUUUGAACUAUCAACUGUAUUAUUUACAAACGUUUCAAAAAAAUAUUAUUUUUUCUCUUAUUUUGAAUUUUUUAUCUUUCUGUCUAUCAAAAUUCAUAUUUUUUAAUGCAGGGAAAGAUUAAGAUUCAUUGAUUCAUUGAAAAUAUAUCAUCUUAAAGCGAUGAAAUAAUUCUAUUCAAUAAUAAAUACUUUUUCAAGUAUUAUUUACAGUGUAUUUUAACAAAUAUAAUGAAAAUGAUAAAUAUUGAUUGGUCGGAGCAACGCAAUCGCAUGUCGUAUUCGUAAAUGUUUUUAUUAAAAAAAGAACAAAAAAAAAAAUAAAGAAUCAACACAAUCUACUCCGUUUACGUAUUAAAAUUUAGUACUCCAUACUCAUAAGUACUUUUUUCUUUCUUUUUUUUAAAUGUGUACUAAUAAGUUGUUUGAUUGAAUAGUUUUUAAAAUUGAAAAUAGAAUUUGUAUAAUUUCUUAAAAAGCGUAUAAAGCCUUAUUUUAAAGACAAGUUGAAUAAGUUUUGUACCUUAAACGUUGAAUCAUUGUCAUUUAAUGCAAAGUACAUACGUUGUCGUUUAAUAAUUUUCUACAGUAAGUGAUAUAGUUUGUUAUGGGUUAUGAACUGAAUUAUACGAGUGAAUAAAUAUUUCCAAUUGUA